AUGAGCGGCCUAAGAAAGAACAUGCAGAAGGAUAGACCUUCGGGAGGUGUUAGAGUUGUGAAUAUAAGCACUACCAAAGAAAAAGAGAAAGGACUGGUGUUGGAAAACGAGGACAGAUCCGAUUUUGUUGUUGAAGAUAUUGAUAUGGAACAAGCGGCAGCAAGUCUGUGUCACAAAGGACGUAUGCUUCCAGCAACGGAUCAUUCAAAAGUGUACUACCGUCCUUUCAGGAAAGAUUUCUACGUGGAGACACCAGAAAUCGCCAAGAUGACAAAGGAGGAGGUGAAGGCGUACCGAGAAGAGUUGGACGGCAUCGAGGUGAAAGGGAAUAGGUGUCCCAAGCCUAUCAGAACAUGGGCCCAGUGUGGCGUCGAAUUCAAAAUUCUUCAACAGUUGAAACGACUUAAUUACACGAAGCCGACACCCAUUCAAGCUCAAGCAAUUCCGUGCAUAAUGGCUGGUCGUGACCUCAUUGGUAUCGCUAAAACAGGAUCGGGGAAAACGCUCGCAUUCCUCAUUCCUAUGUUCCGCCAUAUUUUGGAUCAACCAGAGUUGGAAGAGGGGGUGGGGGGGAUGGAAGAGUCUCGUAUAAGGAUAAUGAUGGGUGUUGAAGGAAAAGUGACGAAUCUGCGGCGAGUCACCUAUCUCGUACUCGACGAAGCUGAUCGCAUGUUUGACAUGGGUUUUGAGCCACAGGUAGGAGUUAUGAAAAUCAUCAACAACAUUCGUCCAGAUCGACAGAGCGUCUUGUUUUCAGCUACGUUCCCACGCCAGAUGGAAGCGCUCGCAAGGAAAAUACUCGACAAACCAAUCGAAAUACAGGUUGGCGGCAAGAGUGUUGUUUGUGCUGAUGUGACGCAAAAUGCCGUGAUCUGUGAAGAGCACCAGAAAUUACUGAAACUCCUCGAGCUGCUAGGAAUGUACUACGAAGAAGGGAAUGUGCUUGUGUUUGUCGACAAACAAGAAAAGGCCGACGACAUUGUUGCCCAGUUGAUGCGAAAUGGAUAUUCAUGCGCUCCUCUCCACGGAGGGAUAGAUCCAGUUUGA